AUGGCAUUUACCAAUUUGAGGGUUCAAAAUUUCACUUUGGCUGAUAGUUUGGCGUUUACCAACAACAGAUCGUUAUCUCGAUUGCAAGAUAACUUCUCCCUUUGUCAGGUAUAUUUAACAAGUUAAAAGGUAAAAUUUUUAAAUUACACUGUUUUGUAACGGUCCAUUUGUACUGCAUUCGUUCUCUUAUAAUGGAAUGUGUCUGGGCGUAGCUUGAUAUUAUUAUUUGUCUGUUUGUUUGUGGGUUUGCUUUUUCGUUUGUUUUCAACACCGACAGCUGCCCAAAUACUACUUUUAAAUAAUUCAUUGCUUUUCUUUACCAGAACAUCACCUUCGCAGAUCCGUUCUUUGCCCCUCCGGUGGUGUUAGUAACACCAAAAUACAUUUACAGUGGCAACAAUUUGCUUUCCGGUUGUAACGCAGUCACCACCUGGGUUGAGGUAAGAUUGUUGUUCCUUUACUGUAUUCUUGUUAAGUGCAAAAAAUGCACCGCCUGAUGAUAAAAAAGCAUGUUACAUGUCACAUGUUCAAGAAUUUUUCAGUAAGGUAUGAAAUCUUGGUGGCCCAUGCCAGCUUAUAUAGUUUAGAAUAUACGAGAUUAAUGGAACGCAAAUUGGACGAUACUGGACUGAUUGUUAUAAGAAAAAAACGAAAAUAAAUCAAAUAUUUUAUUUCAUUUAAAGCAUUCAACCAAAACAGAUACAAAGAUCUGUGUACGAAACUACGACAGGAGCAGUAACAAUACCAUUAAAGUUGACUUCCUGGUUAUUGGAGGUAUGUAAAAAUCCUUGGUACAAAGAAAAGAGAAUUAGAAGUGCUGUCUGUCCCCGUUUUUCAAGUUUUUAGUUCGUUUGAUAAGGGCACACUGUACUUUACAGCCUGCAAGGCAGGCACGAGAAAGGAGCUGGGCCUCACGUGCGCCCCCGGGCGGCACACACCGACAAAGAAUUCUCCUAGGAAAGACUCCGCGGGAAUUAGAACUUAACUUGUAAUCGCAGAGCCACCCAAUGGAAACAUGGCUGAUAAAUCAUUAUCAAAAUCAUGAUGAUGAUGAAGAUGAUGAUGAUGAUGACAAUGAUGAUGGUGAUGAUUAUCAUCAUUCUCGUCAAAACCCUUGAUAAAUUGGUUUAAUCAAUAAUCUUUUAAAAAGAGUUACGCACCCAUUUAAUAUAUUCAUUUGUCAAGCAAGGAUUAAACGCUGACAGAAAGUCACACUUGGGAAAGAAUUCUUUGCAAAAAAGAAGCUAAGUGCAGGAUAUAAUUCUUUUGGUCAUGGUUAUAUCUGGCUUCCUGUGUUGUUAUGUUUGUGAGAUGUAGUUAGCGUUUGUGAAUGAUGCACGGGAUAAAUUUCCCAGAAAAAUCGGUGUUUCAGAACGUAUAUGGUCUAGAAAAAUUUGUACAAAAACAUAGUCGUAAAACUGUAUCCUUCUUUUUGUUAUUGUUGUUGUUGUUUCAUCGCGUUUAGACUUAUGUGAUACGUGAUUUUUGUACACUCUUACUAGAUCUGGAUCCUUGUCUGGACGUAACCUGUGACUACCACUGUCUUUGUAAGGCUUUUGGACCAUACGAUGCCCGCUGUGUGCACACAGAAAACUGCCCAUCCUACCAAGAGCCCAUAUGUUCCUCCAACGGGACAACGUUUGAUAACAAGUGUCUCUUUGAGCAGGAAAUGUGUUUGUUGCGACUUAACUAUACUGUCCAACAUCCCGGUGGUUGUGAAGGUCAGCAAAAUAAUAUGCUGCUCACUUAAUUUCAUAUUUAGACUGUCAUGAACUAGUAUGUAACGUUAGUGAAGCACUUUAGAAACGCACUUUUGAAGCCAUGCCUGAAAAUAUUGCAAAAUCAAACCAACAAGAUAUACAAUAAUUAUUUAGUACACAAAAACAAAUUGAUAGCUUUGUUAUUGUCACCGCCUUUUUUCUAUUCUUUUACUCCAUAAAUCAUAAAUCUACCAUAUUUUGUGGAUUUUUGCUUUUAAUUUUCUUUGCUAUUUGACAGGCUUCCCAUUUCAGCGCGGUCGACUUCACAUGCCUCACAUACCAUCUUUGGGAUACUCUCAUUGUGAAGCUGUUCGUUUUCGACCAUUUGUAUUCUAUCCUGACAAACCUAUCCAAGUACAGAUAACUGUCAACCACAUCGAUACCAGUGACAGAACAUAUGUCCACGAUGCUGCUGUGUCGUGGAUUGAAGAUGUAAGUUACGAACAAUUCACUGGGUGCGUGAUGGCUGCUGGGUAUAACGAGCGCAAGUCACGUGCUAAUGUGUCCAUUGACUGGAUAGCUUAUCAGGGAGCCCCAGUGGGUGGGGUUACUGGAGAGGUGCGCAUGUCACAGUGGUGGACAGGAACGACUUGUGAGACCGUGAGUUUCCCUUCGGUAAGUCAGUGUAUUUUUUCAAAACGCUUACCUGCUACUACUACGACGACUACGACGACUCACAGUGUCACUAUCACUACCCCUACCAACUACUUCUACGUUCGUCAUAGGUCUACCAUGUAAGCGAAUACGUGGCUUUUUUUUAUAAUAAAUUUUCUGGGUAUUUAUAGUUAACGAAAAACUGUUAAAUAGACCAUUUCAGCUUGCAUAUUUUGUUUUCAUCCUAUUUCAGACUAGCUGAUGUUACCCCAUCGAUCAGUCAGAGCUGUUUUUCUCUUUCAAAUAUCGUCCUGUCCAGACGUGAAUAUGUAUGCAUAACUUAUGAAAAGUCCCUUGAGAACACCACGUGGUCUGAAUUGGGAAACCAAACCACAAAAGCUAAACAAGAACGCUCUGAGUCUCACUUGCUUGUAGAUAAGAUAAGAAAUGAGAGGACGAUUAGACCGCGGGCGGUAGUCCUUGUUUCCUCGGAGCCAUGCACGGCGAGCGAAAAAGUAAAAUUGUGCUCUCGAUCUACUGUGACUCAAAAGAAGAAUAAAAGCCUGCUCGCGAAUGCAGUCUAGGAGGCGAUUAAUCCUACACAAAACAGGAUUUAAAAGUUUUUCAAUUCCUACUUUAUCGACGGUCGGGUAUUCUUCAUGAUCAGAAUAUCUACUUUUUAUAUCGUUUUCGACGAUUGGUUUCUGAACUGACUAGAACGCGUGGGUAAGUAAACAAAAAUCAAGGAAACUUGAUGAACAUGGCGCGUCAUUUCAAACCGUGAUCGCCGAAAAUAAAGCGCAUGCUCAUCGCAAGACCAGUUAGCCUCACCAUCGAAGUAAUCACUUGUUCCAAAAUAAUCAGUGCUUUCAAGCGAUAGAAUCCGUGGACUGACCCGUUGCCGGAAAAGCUCGACAUCUUUCGCAGCUUUUUAUUCUAUGGACAUGAAGUGCUGCAAGUAGAGUGCGUGACAGUCAAGUAGAAAGCUACCCGUAUAAACACAUCCGUGACACAUACGUAACUAACGUCAGUUGCUCCCAGUAGUAGUUCAAGGUUAAAUCAUCAAAUUAUUGAUAUCUCAAGUAUUUAUAAAGUGCAACGCUACUUCACAUCUUAACAACUGCGAAAAUCUAUCAAUUAAAAAUAUACACCCAUUGAAACUGAAUCUGCAAUAUCGAAUCCAUUUAACCGUAGUCUUCCAGUAAUUGCGUCAAUAUUCUGAGAAACGUAACGAUGCACCACAAAACAGGAUUUUCCCGCUAGAAUAUUUUCUCACAUUGUACUUUAUUGACGGUCGAGAAUUCUUCAGAGUAUUUACUUUUUAAUACGCAUGUAUAAUUGUACGAAAAUCAGGGGCCUCAAUUCGGGGAAAAAUUACAUCAUUGCCAAACAGCCAAAACGUGAUCAACUGAGUGUGUCAUUUUCGUCAUCCUCAAAAAUAAACUGCAUGUUCAUCACAAGACUCAUUUGCAUAUACAAUGAGAGUCGUCAUGAUUCUUUUUCCCAGUUUCCACAGUCUUCGAUAGGAACGCCUGGGACUCUGAACUACCUUUCGGAACGGACACGUGCAAAAAAAAGAAAAAAGAAAAAAAAAGAAGCGCCUGUAUUUUCUGAGACUUGCUUUUCUGAAACGUCUAUUGCCACAUUUACAUCAAGGUAUUUUUCCCAUAGUUUUGUAAGUAACGUCAAUAAGACUAUCUGUUUAUGAGACAAAACUAGGAUUCAGUAAUGCAAGCUAUUCUUUAGGCCCAAAAAGUCACCAGACCUAUCGCCGCAGAAUCAGAUGACUGAGGCCAUUUCGCCAAGAAAAAUCCCUUAAAACGGUAGUUAAACGCAAUCAAAGCAUAUGUUGAUUAACCACGUUACCUGUUAUUUAGAUAGAUACUUAUACCAUUCUCUAAUCAGGGCAAGUUCUCCAAGGAUCCUUCAGUUUUUGUUACUGCAGCACAUCACCGUGCCGGACUGAAGAGAGACGCCGCCAGUAUUUGGUUGGAGGACAUCACGCAAUCUUCUGUCAAAAUAUGUUUGAGAGAACUGCAAAAUUACGCCGGCUCUCACGAGGACAUCUAUGUUGUAAGCAUUUUGGAUAAAUUCAUCACGAUUUAUAAAUGUAAAAAGUUCUAUUUUAGUCUAAUGACAUUUACAUAGCCCUGGGGGUGGGGCCUGGAGAGCCAAGAUCCCUCUCCACUUUACUCUGAGUUUUGCUCAAGGGUAAAAAAGGUAAAGAGUCCUUGUUUUACGUCGGUAGCUCAAAAUAGUCAUCUGACAAACAAACUUGAGGCCGACCGUGCGCUCAUUUUACCCUUCCCCCUCUCUCCAGCAGUGCCCCGUUUUACGGAUAAUUAGAACUACUCAAAGCUACACGGAAAGGAAAGAUGUCCUGUCGCAGAUAAGGCCGCACAGGAACCAACGGCAGCAAUCCUUUUUGCUUUAAAGGCGCGUUUUCACAAGAUGCAAUCAAUUUUCAACUUUGGAAAUGGGAAGGAAGGAGUAAGGAAGAAUUCUUUUGUCGUUGUAUGUAAACAAAUCAAAAAGAGUGGGCUGGCAUCAAAGUCUUCCUUUCAUUUGUACUUUGCCUGAGUGAAAUAGUGUUAAAUAUGUGGGCAUAAUCUUUAGCCUCUGACGUUACAGUUUAGCAACAGUUUCCAUAUAAGGGAUAGUUUGACGAUGACUCCCAAACAAGGAAAUUCAUGCAACACUUUGGCCCACUUUCACUAUUUAAAAUUGUUCGUCUAGUUUGGUCAAUGAUUGGAGCGUCAGUUUCAAACUACUUGUUACUGUGUACAGUCAAGACUCUUUCUGAGACCGAUACCUUUAGGAUCCGGACAAUCAGUUAAGUGAGAUGUCCGCCUUACAGAGUCAAAUAAUAUGACUGAAGAAAGGCAAUGACCAACUCUAGGUUUCCGCGUUUUACCAAGGUGACCGUCUUAUAGGAGUGUCCUUUAAGAGAGAGUUUACUGUAUUAUUUUGAAAUUUAUCUUGUUUUAGAACUGGCUGGCGUUUUAUUCACUUCACAAGCCUCUUUUUGCAGAACACGAUUUUAUUUAUUUUGCAAACUCUGGGAUUCCUCCAGCGGAUCAUAACAACGCUUUCUGCGAGGUCAGUUAUCAUUGUUUUUUUGUCUGUCCUUCCGUUUCUGUUUUACUUGUCUGGCGACUGAUAAACAUGAAAGACUCUUUAAAAUUGUUUUUCAGGAUAUUCACUUUAUCAAGGUGUACAAUAAUGCCCCGAGUGUCUUCGUGUCAGCGAACCAUACAUCUACUGGUGGAAAUCAGGACCCCAUGCACAACUCCAUUACCGCUUGGGUUGAGGUAACUCAACAGGAUCAAAUAGGCGAAUGCUACAGAAAUAAAUUUACAAAGGACAUAACUCAAGGCAAAACGAUACAAGAACUGACGUGUAACAUCGCAUUCCUUGCUAAGACGAGAACUUUAUUUUAGCACGAUAAAAAGAUCAGCAUUGCUGGUGGGGUCGUGCAUACUAACAAUUACAAGAAAAAUAAGAAGUACUAAAAGCAAAUGUACGAUUAAAAAUUAAAAACUGUUAAAAAUGUUUAAAAUAGGUCGUGAAAAUGUACAGUUAAAAAUUAAAACUGUUAAAAGUAUUCGUAACCGAUAUCUCUGCUUUUAGUAUUGGCUGAGAUUCGUUCGAAAUGCAUUUUUUCGGUGUCAAAUUUUACAAGGCGGCAUCUAAAUUCUUUCAAGGUUUUGGCUCUUGUUUUCUUGUUCGUUAAAGUGUUCCAUGCGAUUGCUCCUCUAACUGAGAGCGUAUGGAGUUCCCGAUAAAAUUUGUUUCUGGUGUUGCAAGAAUGAUGUUCUCAUUUCUUCUUCGGCCUGAAUUCCUCUGUAAAAACAAAUCUUUAACAAUGAUAAUGCUUUGUUCUUUGCUGCUGUAAUAGGGAAAGGAAGCUUAAUGUUCAGUUUUAUACUCGGGUUUUUUAGACCCACAUUAAACCUAUAAAGCCACAAAAUAUGUCAGGCAGCUUACUUGACUAAACUACGCCGUAUUAUACGAAGUCUAAAGAAAUGCCGUGCAUAAUGGCCGCCAUCUUUGAUCUUUCAUCCAGAUUUACAAUUGGUGUGGGGAUAAUCUUGCAAACGCAUAGUUAAAACUUAAUCCUAAAAUUCUCAAUUUGCAAACUCGUUGAUAAUCUGUUGCCUUAGUAGCACAACUGGAUGUAAAAAAACAGACGCACUAAAAAGUUGUCUGUGAAUAUACCGAAAUUUCGUGGUUGUAGCUUUUGAAAGUCUGAGCACGUUUGGUCGCUUUCUACUCUCUCCCUCCCGGUCUGUGGAUACAGUUUAAGAAAAUGCUUUGUUCAUAUUCGUAAUUGUUGCAGCUGUUUCUGUUUGCUUUUAGUAUUCUUAACUUCUUUAUAACUUGCAAAAUUAUUAGUUUCACAAGAUGCACACUUAAUAUUGAAGGUACCGUGACAACCGUUGUAAGAGGCGAACGCCGCAGCUUAAUUAUAUUUAUUUUAAAUUAAUAUUAAUCAUAUUUUUUAAACUCCAUGUUUACCGCAGAGUAGUGAUUUAGCGCCUUUUAUUUUUUCAGUACAUUAACACAACAGGCGCCCGAGUUUGUUUAAAAGAACUAUACGAAUCCAAGUAUGACCCGCUUUCCGUAUCCUACACUAUAUUGUCAGGUAAGAAUCGGUGGGUAUCAAAAGGGAGCCGUCCUGAAUCUUAAGGGAAAGAAAAGUCUUUAUUAAAAAGUCUAAGCCGAUAGUCAAAAGAUACUGACUCUCCCUCAGGUUGGGUUCAAAAAAUCUAAGCCCGCCCCAAACCUUAAUUAUGUCAAACCGUUAUGAACCUCCUUUGAGAUAGCUUCUUUCCAAUCAGUCACUUGAUUCCAUCAUGGAAAUCAAUUUGGACAAAGGAGUUUUCAACACACUGUCGCUAGCUAUCACCCAUUCCUGUGGUCGUCCUUGCAGUAUAAGUAGUAUUGUCCUAAAAUUAAGCAAGCGCACAUCUGGGUAAUCAAAUUCUUUAAAAACUGAUAAAAAAUACAAUGUAAUCGUGCACUUACAAAAGUUGGAUAAUGCAUCGGAAAAUCGUCCAAAUUUUGGCUCCCGUAAUUUACUAUCUUGCGAUUAGCAAAAUAGAGAAAAAUUUGAAAAUUCGUCUUUCCUUUCAAUUUUGAAAUUUUACAGACAGGUCCCGUCCCUAUUAUGAAACCACUUUGCCAUGCAAUGCAAUUAGCUUCAGUACAGACAAAACAGACAUAAUUGUUUUUGGGUUAACGUACCGUGACCGCUAUCCUCCUAAUUAAAAUUUCAUCAGCUUAUAUACUCAUAUAUCUUUUUUAAAUAUACAGUCGCAUAUUAUGUUAUGCACAGAGUGUAUACAGAGGUAUUUUAAGGGUUAUCAACUGAAGAUGGGUUGGCAUGUGUGUGAAAUGCAAGUAUCUAGGAUCGGAACUGGUUUCUAAAAAGUUUCAGUUUAGCUGUUUUCUUAAACUUCCAGAUAUUUGCAACCAAGGAUGGAGCUACUUUGGCGGUUAUUGCUACUUCACAAGUGCCGCAUGCGCUUCUUGGCUGACCGCUGUAUCAAAUUGCUCUAACAUGAGUUCAGGUCUGGUGACAGUGCACAACCAGGAGGAAAAUGUCUACAUUCAACACCGUCACAACGGGGACAGAUCCUGGAUUGGACUCAAUGACCGAAGCGUGGAGGGCUCCUUUGUGUGGACAAACAAAGAAAUAAGUAGUUUUAGGUUCUGGGCAGCAAGACAACCCAACAACUGGAAAAACGAAGAUUGUGUCCACACCCUUGGCGCUAGGCAUGGUUACACUUGGAAUGAUGUGCAUUGUGAUAACUGCUACAACUUCACUUGUUUUACAGGUACAAUGUGUCCAGUAGAUCCAGUUUAAGUGCUAAGGGGUGAAUGUCUCAGCCCUAUAUAUUUAUCUCAUACCUUUUUUUAAGCGGGGGGGGGGGGGCAGGGCGGGGAUGGUCUAUUUAAAAACACUACGUUAAUUUAUUCCUUUAGUACAUUCGAAAAAAUUAUAUGUAUAUUAGUCCCAAGUUCCAAUCCAUUAUUAUCUUACAAGUUAAAUUAAAAUCAUAGCUUAGCUAGUGCAGUACACAUAGGAACUUCUCAUUGUUUUCCUUGUAACAUAGAUAUAAUUAAUGCUAAUCUAUCUUUAGACUUGGACGAGUGUUUCACUAUCUCCGACGCAUGUGACGUCAAUGCUGACUGCCAAAAUACCGUGGGCUCAUACAUCUGUUCAUGUAAACCCGGAUACACUGGAGAUGGUCAAAUUUGCCAGGGUGAGCCUACAAGACACUCGUAACAAGACUUAAAUACACUAGUCUAUGCGUUCAGUAGCCCUUUGUGCUUCUCUUGCCUAGCCUUUUGUUGUAAGAAAAAAAUCAGUAAAUUGUUAUGUUUGGCGGUUUAGAAUUUCUUUCUAAAUACAGCCCGUUAAUUCAUCAUUUAAUUAAUAGACCUUUUUACCGAUACGGCGGCCAUAUUGAAUUAAUUCGAUUUAAGGAGCAUUAUAGGCUGCCCAGGGGGCGUGAGCACAUUUCGCUUGUAUUUUUGAGCGCUUUUCGGGACAUUUUUUCUUAAAGUUUUCUUAGAAUAAGAUUGUAAUGAGAGAGAACAUCCUUUUGCCGUGUUUGGAUGUAAUAAUGAUCGCCUUCUUCUAGUUUAGUAUGAGAAAUAUGGUCUUUCACUGUAUAUUUCUCGGGAAAAAGGCGAUCAUUAUUACGUCCAAACACGGCACAGGGAUCUUUUUUCCCAUUACAAUCUUAUUCUAAGAAAACUUUAAGAAAAAAUGUCCCGAAAAGCGCUCAAAAAUACAAACGAAAUGUGCUCAUGCCCCCUGGGCAUCCUAUAAUACUUCUUAAAUCGAAUUAAUUCAAUAUGGCCGCCGUAUCGGUAAAAAGGUCUAUUAAGCACAUUCAAGCUUGUUAUAAUAGUUAGGUAUAUUGGUUUAAAAAUUUAUUAUAUAGAUUUACGGCUAAAAGCGCAGCUCUCGAUAAUAUUUAUAGUUUACUCAAACAAAAUAUAAAAUCGUGUAAUGCUAAGCGGCGAAUUAAGGCAUCAUAAAUGCAACGCCAGAAAGCGGUGAAACACAACAAUAGGUCUAAUUAGCAAAAGCAACUUUGCACGUGCAGCACACUUUUUUGUACAUUUCUUUGCCGUUGUUUUGCACGACUACAACCUAAAACUUCCAGAAACUUCUUAGUUACACGCAUUAUGGAGGAAAUGUCGUACGUGUUUCCGUUCCCUUUUUCUCUUUGCCGCUCAUUUUCACCUCGCAUUGGUAGCUGCUAGCAUUUCUCAUUUUGUCACCGCCGCUACAAAAUUUUCAUGUUGUUCUUCCAACAAAAAAAAAUGUCUCCUUUGUUUUUAUCUCUCGCUCUAAAUCCCUGUCUCGUUGAGCUUCGCUGGCCUGCCGCCCACUUUCUCUUUUUCUGUGUCUUUCUCUUGCUCUAUAUCGCAAAUUUGUGGACAUGACAAUUUAUCUAAGCUUAAUACUUUAGACAACACGGAUACAGAAACAAUUUCCGCUUUCCGUUUUCGUCUUUAUUGGCUCUUUUGUUGACUCUGCUUUACAAGAGGCGGGUGGCUAUGCGAUUUCCCGCCAAAAUAACCUCGAGUUGCAUUGGGUUACCAUACCUGUUGAUUGAGUUAUUUUACAUUGGUAUACCUGUAGCGCGGAUGGACGGUUUCUCGGUGUACGGUCACGUGAUUACCAAAUUUUCUCGGAUGGGUAGCUUACUUCAUUUUCUUACCCAUGGUGCUCCGCUGGCGCGCUUCGCGAGCGAGAGCUCCGCUAUAAAAGUAUAUAUAAAAAUAUUGAAUUUUAUAUAGAUAUUUAGAUGUUGCUGAAUAAAUAUGACAUAUAAGUUAAAAUAAUUAUUGUUCGUAAUAUCUAUCUUUAGAUUUGGACGAGUGUUCCACUAACUCCGACACAUGUGACGUCAAUGCUGAUUGCCAAAAUACCGUGGCCUCAUACGGCUGUUCAUGUAAACCUGGGUUCACUGGAAAUGGUCGAAUUUGCAAUGGUGAGCAAGAUACUCUUCACAAACCAGAAAAAUUAAUUAAUUAG